GGCAUACAUUACUUCAUCACUCAUCCUAGUCUUUGGUGCUAUUUCUUAGCGAUAGUCAUACCUCAAAUGAUUCUCACUGCAACUGUAUUUGUACUUUUGUUUGCCACUUUGAACGUGAUUCAAUCGCUGUUGGGAUUUGCCAUGAAUGGUCCAGUUGGUGUUUUCAUUGCAUGGGUUAAUUUUAUUCAUGAAGUGGAUUUGGUAGCUCAAGUUGUUUCAACUUUUCUAUUAUAUCCCAAGCCAUUGCAAUUAUUGUUUGAGACUGUGUUAUCAAGGGAAGGUUAUGAUGAUGUUGUAUUAAGAGGCAAAUUGUUUAGAGUUGUUGAUGUUUCCAUUAUGAAAAGAUUUAAAAGAUGGUUACUUGACUUACCAAACAAUCUUAUCAUUUAUCCAAUGACAAGUAUCAACUUUGCAAUAACUGUUAUUUUAACAUUUGUUCCAAUUGUGGGUCCAAUCUUAUUAGUUUUCAUUAAUGCACCUCAAAGAGGCUUUGGGUUCCACAGUAGAUAUUAUGAAUUGAAGGGAAUUGACACAAGACAAAAGAAUGCAUUCUAUGCAUCAAGAAGAUUCCAUUACAUUGGGUUUGGUAUUGUUACUGGUAUUUUACAAAAUAUUCCAUUUGUAUCAACAUUAUUCCAAUUCACUAGCGUUACAGGUGCUGCACUUUUAGCUGCUGAAUUUGAAUCACAA